CAAAUCUGAAAGUCGCGUUCUGUCUUCACCUCAACAGACCUCGUGUGAUAACGAAGCAUUCCAAAGCAUGAUUCGAUCGUCUCACACCACUACGGAUCGCAAACCUCAAAUCAGUCCAAAUGGCUGACAGUUCGCUCAAUGAACUGAACUAUGGCCGGCCCGGUCUCACGACUUAUGAUCUAGACAACCGCGAAUGGAAUACUUCUAGACAUCUUACUACGAAAACCUUGAAGCAAGUUUCAGAGUGGCAGCUAGCAGUACCUGCAGCAAUAGACUCCCUACCUACUGGGACCUCAACGAAUGCGACAACUGCCCGCAAAGAUGCCAAACAGCUCGUCCACAACCACCCAUCGCUUGUUCCGGCUACAAAGCAGUUACCAGAGCUCAACGCCGUUUCUGAUGCCGUAACGUCCGCAGCGAGGACCUAUGACCCUUGCGUCAGCGACUUAUUGUCCUUCGGCACUGUUUACCUGAAGAAAUUCGUAAGACCGAAACGAAUCGCUGCAUUGCCUACUGGACCUUCCGGUAGCAUUUUACGUUUGGUGUUACUGGGGCGGCAAAAGCAGGGUUGGAAUGGCGAUAAUUCUGUAUGGCUAAGCGGGCCAUCGUUCAAGACUGUGGACAGUGGCUACUGGAACGAGGAGGCGUCGCCUAUUCAGCAGGUCUGCUUUGCGCAAGACGAGAGCAGCAACAGCUUUCUCGCUGUUCGAUUGCCUUCCAGAACAGUACUCUUCCGCCCCUCGUACCACAGAGGUCGUCGAGCAGCCGAACCAUCACCUCACUACGUCCUACCACCAUCCCUCCUUUCCGCGCGCCCCAUCUCCAAUAUCACACUCGAACAGACUGGAGAUGCGCCGCACGCCGACGUCGCCUUCAACCCAGAUUACCAGUUCCAGUUUGGUAUCGUCGACCAGCAGUGUAAAUGGAGUCUCUGGCAGAUUGAGAGGAGGGCAAAGAAGGACGAAUACAAUGUGUCGCGUCUUUUCGGAGGAGACGUACUGCAUGAAAGCGAUAUCACGGAUGACGGCGACGGCUGGGCAAGGAUAUCUUGGGCGGGCGACAGCAACACACUACUCGUCUGCAAUCGGCGCCAAUUUAGUGUGGUCAGCCUGAACGGACAAUCCUUUGAAUACCUCCAGGGUCCGCGUAUCAUACCACAGCGUUCGACUGACUGGAUUUUGGAUCUUCAGAGACAUCCUCAAUACCAGAACCGCUUCUUUGUUCUGACGUCUUCUAGACUGUUCCUGGUAGCAGUGACCACCUCCAACGCAGCGGUUGACAGCACGGCUGAUCAAGCUGGCGCGACGAUCUUGUUAUCUCGAAGACAUUACCGGGGAGAUGAGGACCUCACAUUGCGACUUAGUGUGCAGACACUCGUGGAUGACGAAACGUGCAUCUUUUUGACAUCCCGCUUGAAUGGACUUAUCCAGGUCUAUUACCUCCGAGAUCAUUCUUCGGAAUCUCCUGCGCUUGUCACCAUCUCAGACCCAAUCGCUCUGGAUUUCGAGUCGCCAGCUGCUACCCACAUCAGCCAAAUGUACCUUCAGCUUCUUGAAUAUGGGACAAAAGUAGUGCCCCAUCACAGACCGUCGAAUGCCUCCGCGCAAUCGUAUCUCAAGAGAGCAAUCCCGUUCUACCAGCUCACCCUGGUCUUAGCAGAUUUGAGUGUCUAUCAGGCUGUAUUGCUGUCAUCGGAACACGAUCCUGACCCCGAGCCGAUUGUCUGGAGAAGAAUCGUGGUGGCCAAGCAUUCACUGGAUGCAUUGACGGAAGCCGAUGAGAUGAACGCCUUUGUUGAGCCGAAUGGUCCUGAUUGGGACGCCGAACCUGAGCCAAAGCUGGGCUCCCAAUUGCCACGGCCGGUCUCUUCGUCGGACCGACCUCCUGCGCAGGCAUCAAUGGAUCAAACGGCAACUUAUGACGCCCUUCUUCAUGGCGAUCAGACAAACAGCACAUGUGUGGAGGUACUCAUCGAACAAUUGCGAGCCAUGAUGAGCGUGGACCAAAUCAGCCCGGAUUCUCGACAAAUCAUGGAGAGCAAUGAUUGUGCUGUCGACGUGCCUGAUAUCGACGAGGCGUCAUCGAGAAUUGACCAGCUUUUCGCAAACACUGACCCCGAGAUUUCGCAUCUACUGCGACGUAUCGCACCUGUGCACGUCUUACACCUACUCGACAGCGAGUGGCCUUCUAUCUCGGCUCUUUACGAUGCUAUUCUCCAGGAAUGGAUUGCACCACUGCCGGCAGAGAUUCCGGUUCCUGUGCGACACGCCAAAGAACGUUUAGCUCGACGCGUCGCUGCUGAGGUCUCAUUAGCAAGCGUGCAGCUGAGACCAAAGGAAGAAGAGCAGCCUAACGUGGGUUCAGGUGAUCCCAUGCCACUACCCAUCUUGCCUUCCAAGCCAGCGAACAUGUUCCCUUCAUCGUUACCAACACCACCCCAAUCUUCCGUACCGCCAUCAUCGCCAUUACUCCCUGAGUACCUCCGGCCUCCUACGCGCGAUCCGUUGUCACGCCUGCGCAGGCAUCUCACGAUCAAUGACGAGUCAUCGAUGAUGCCGACAAUCCUUCCUCCAAGUGUGUCGGAACUGCUGUCGCACUGGCAUCCUGGAACUGACCCAAGUACGUAUGACUGGGAGGCCACAGAACGUGCACUUCGACCGGAGAUGCCAGACGAAAAGAGCCAGGAGCUGCGCGAGAGGGAGCGCAAGAAGAAGGAACGAAGAGAGAAGCGGCAGAGGCGCGAAGAUGAGCUGAUGCGGGCUAAGUCUCAGACAAAUAGUCAGUCAGUCUUUUCGCAGCCCGCAUUUCCGCGAAGUUCACCUGGUCCGACGUUUGGUGGCAUGGCAGCCAGUAGCCAGGUACCAGUACCGACAUCGAGCCAGAUGCCAAGUCAAGUCCAAAGUCAAGGAGGUAGUUUUGAAGGCUUUGGUGGAGUACACAGCAUGGUGCCGCAAAGUCAAGUUGAGCCUGGGCGGUUUGGUGGACGACCUGAUAAGAAGAAGAAGAAAGGCAAGAGCAGAGUCAGUGGAUUCUGA